GAGCCUAAGAGUGCCUAAUAUGAUGUAUGAUUAGGUGUUGUACUACCGGUUGAGUGGGUUUUCAGUGUUUUCCACCCAAAAAGCGUUAUUCAAUAGCAAUGUAUUGAAUGCUUGUAUUGAAUGGUGUAUUGAAUGGCAGCUAUAGUUUGAGCUUUGGUUUGGCACUCAGUUUGGGCUAAAUAUUAUCAUAUUAUCAUUUGUUGGAUCACCUGAUUGUCACUCAAGUUGUCACACAUAUUGACCACAAUUACUGCCCACACUAUUCACAGCCAAUUGUCAAACAAAUUGAUUGCAUUUUCACAAAACAAUUGAUCCCUAAAUUUGAGAUAAUCGAUAGGAUUUGGAGGUACUGUCGCGAGUGGAUCGGUGGCUGAGGAGGAAUGUCUGGGCCAGUGGGACAGCAGUAUUGUCUCAAGUGGAACAAUCACACGAAUAAUAUGGUGAAAGUGUUCAACCAGUUGUUGGACGACCAGGACUUCUGUGACGUGACUUUGGCCGUCGACGGCACUCACCUGAAGGCCCAUAAGCUGGUCCUCUCGGCCUGCAGUUCGUACUUCAAGGACCUGUUUGUGUCCAAUCCGUGCAAACAUCCCAUCGUUAUCCUCAAAGACAUGCGUCUCGAAGACCUCAAAGCGAUCAUCAAUUUUAUGUAUUGCGGAGAAGUGAAUGUCUCGCAGAACCAGUUGGCGGCUCUCCUGAAGGCAGCCGAAGUGCUUCGUGUCAAAGGACUCACUGAAGUGAACGACAAACAGACCGCCGAAUCGUUAACCACUCCCAACACUUCCGCCAACGCGAAGACAAGUAACGAUACGUUGUCUGCGAUAACCACUCCAACCAACUCUUCUUCCGGAUGUCUGAAUCGCAAGAAGAAGCGAAGGAGAGGUAAUCACAGCAAUAGUAUAUCGGUUUCCGGUGAAAGCGAUAGCAACUUAUCUCAAAGCGAAGACAGUUGUGACGAGACAUCUAAUAAGAAGCUGAAUGACGGUUCGCCGCCAUUGGACUCGUCGAGAGCCAAAGAAUCUCGCGGUUUAUUAGCCGAAUCUAAUGCCACCAAAACUACUGCCAAAACAGAUACUCAACCAUUAAAUGUAAUUCAAACGCGAAGACGACAAACACUGCAGAACUUAGAGACGGAAGUGAUUCGUGACAACGACAGCAAUAAACAGCUGACGGAUUGCAGUGAACAACACGUUAACAACGGAAACCAAUUAGAGUCGUGGCCGUCACAAGUGGAGAACAGCUCCGCUCUGGCGCUGACCGCUCACGACGACGAAGAAGAAGAUGAAUCCAACGAUAUGUUUGAGGUUAAGCCCAUCAUAUCAUUUGACGACUCUUCGAGUCAAGUGUCCAACUCUUUACGCGAAGAUUCAUCAGUUAUGGUGGAGAGUCCGUCGGAUCCAAACGCGAGCGCCGGCUCCAGUUCAGGACAACCCGGCAAGAUAUGUGUCUGUCAUCUCUGUCACCUCACAUUCACCUCAAAUUUACUACCUUGCUCAUCUCUAGUUUUGCUCAUUUUUUGUCGAUAUGGUUUAGCGAACGCAACAAUAAUGGAUAUAAAACAAUUUGAUAAUUAUAUUGAGUGCCGUUUUAACCACAAAUUCUGCGCUCAAUUACGGCCACCAGUGGUCACACUCUCGCCGUUCGGUCGGUGCCAGACAUACCUCACAGACAUAUCAAUGGCCGGCAAUAUAUCGCCAAAACCAGUGGUCAUCAAAAGAAUUGACGGCUCGGAUGUGAUUGUAUUCAAAGAGGAUCAACGGUUUGAUGACAGAAGAAAUCGGAUUAAGUUUUUGCGAAAACGAUUUAUUAUUCACUCACAGAAAGAGUUACCAAAAUUAACCGACAAUUGGUUUGAAUAUAAGGAUUUUGCGACACUUGGCGGUGGAAAACUGUUAAUACAAUUAAUACCGUAUUCAUUGUCACGACUGCCUCUGCCGUACGAUAGCGGACGAGACGGUGGAUGUCGUGUUCGGUCCGCCGGAGACACACAAUACGAUUGUCUGCAGCGAUGCUAUCAAGAUCGCGUGGAUAGGCAUUGCCUGCGCUCUCAGCGAUCGCCGCAAUGUCAUCGCUUGCCAGCCUUCAGUCAACUGUUUAACUACAGCGAUAUUGACACCACCGGUGAGACCCGUAUAGCCAUCGGCGGCAGUGAUGUCGACCACUGGCCGGGCGUUAAUAUCCGAUCAAUAAAACGACGUAUAAUAUAUUCAACUUAUAAUGCAUUCACACAAAAUUACGUAAUGGUUAGCCUAUUAUAUGAUCAAAAACUAAUGACAAUUAGCCGAAUGAUUCGCAAUUCAACUCAAUUGAUAGACAACGCCCAGCAGUUUGCGGUCAUUCGUCGCUGGAGUGAAACAAUUAACUCUAACCCAAAGUAUCUGUUAUUUCACUACAAAUCAAUGGCCGACUUUCGGCGCCUGUUGAGCGUUGAGUCGCGACUGUCGGGCGUUAACCACACUUUGGCCGUCACUCAGACUAUGCGCCGACUGUUGCCCUCUCCGUACGGC